UCUCUCUCUCUCUCUCUCUCUCUCUCUCUCCCCUUUUCCAUUUGACCACUCAAAUGUUCUUGGCGGCAUUUAUCUGAGAAACCAGACCAAGAUGGCCAAACAUUGCAGUUUCGAUCCUUGCAAAACAAUCAUAAGUUAUUCCACCUCUGAUUUUGGGGAAAUGAUGAUAGAUCAUGAUAUGUGCGCAGUUUCACCUGGUAAUGCUAGUGAUUCAAAUCAAGAGACGCCUAAUGACAUGAGAAAUGGAAGAAGGCUGGGAAAAGUGGAACCUUGUAUCAGACAUGAUUACCAUGUGAAGAAUGAUGUGGAAGAUGCUAAAUUUAUCAUUUUGGGCAUAAAUGCAGGAGGAAUGGGUAGCUUCAAACCUUGUGGCAGGACUGAAUUCCAAAAAGAUCAAUUUUUUGGUGGUGGAGAUGUUGUCACCACUGAUGCACAAGUUGGAGAUGAGGAAUUUUCGCCAUUGUACCAGUCUGCUAGAUUUGGGAAUUUCUCAUAUAAGUUUGAUAAUCUUGAAGCUGGAGAUUAUUUGGUUGACCUUCAUUUUGCAGAGAUUGUAUUCACUGGUGGUCCUUCUGGGUUGAGAAUAUUUGAUGUUUUCAUGCAGAAAGAGAAGGUUGUUUCUGGUAUAGAUAUCUAUGCAGAAGUGGGUCCAAAGCGGCCUCUUAUUUUGUAUAACUUGAAAGCUUCAGUUACAAGGGAGGAGGGCUUGUUAAUCAAAUUCAAAGGGAUUGUGGGAGUGCCUAUUGUAAGUGGCAUUUCAAUAAAACGUGAUUCAUCUUCAGGCAUGAACUUGCAUAGACACAUUGUUCAAAACAGUAAAGCAUUAUUAGGAAAGGAGAGUGAAGAUGUUGACAAGGAAAAUCUAAAGCAAGGUAAAUGCACUGGCUGCAGGAAACUUCAAAGGGAUUAUGAUUUGCUAUUUAAAGAACUAGUAGAAAUGAAGAAGGCAUUGGAGAGCGUCCAAGAAGAGAAUGAAGUCAAGAGUAAAGAAUACCAUGAGGCCUCAAUGUCAUUGCGUGAACUUCAGAUGGAGCUCAUGCGCAAGUCCAUGCAUGUUGGUUCCUUAGCUUUUGCUGUAGAGGGACAAGUGAAGGAGAAAAGUAAAUGGUUUUCCUCUUUAACUGACUUGAGCGAGAAGCUUAGACUGCUGAAACUAGAACACUCCAGAUUAUUAGAGGAAGCAUCAGGAUACAGCAGAUGCCUUACAGACAUGAUCCACAUGACAAACUCAGUUCAAACUACAAUGGACAGUUAUUUGGAUUUGGAAAGAGAAUGCAAGAUUGUGAAGCAGAAGUUGAUUGCUGAGAUAAAGGAACGAAAAAUCCUAUACAACAAAAUAGUGGAGUUGAAAGGGAACAUUAGAGUCUUUUGUCGUUGUCGUCCACUUAGCAGUGAAGAGACAGCUGAAGGAGCUUCCAUGGCCAUUGAUUUUGAAUUUGCUAAAGAUGGUGAGCUUUCCGUCAAAGCUGCCCAUGGUGCACAUAAAAAAGCCUUCAAGUUUGAUGCUGUCUUCAGCCCUGAAGAAGAUCAAGAAAAGGUUUUUGAAAGAACUUCACCACUGGUUACAUCCUUGCUGGACGGGUACAAUGUUUGUAUAUUUGCUUAUGGCCAGACGGGAACAGGUAAGACAUUUACUAUGGAAGGAACAGAAGAAGCUCGUGGAGUCAAUUAUAGAACUCUUGAGGAACUAUUUAGAAUCAUUAAAGAAAGGCAAGGGCAGUAUCUAUAUGAAAUAACAGUCAGUGUUUUAGAGGUCUACAAUGAACAAAUACAUGAUCUACUACUAUCAGGUUCUCAACCGGGCAUGACUGCAAAGAGAUUAGAAGUCCGACAAGUGGCAGAUGGAGUUCAUCAUGUUCCAGGAUUGGUUGAAGCUCAUGUAAAUAAUAUGAAUGAGGUCUGGAAUGCUCUACAGACUGGCAGCAAAGCUAGAGCAGUUGGAUUAACAAAUGCAAAUGAGCGUAGUAGUCGAUCACAUUGUAUUGUUUGUGUGAUGGUGAAAGGGGAGAACCUGAUUAAUGGUGAGUGCACAAGAAGCAAGUUAUGGCUCAUUGACUUAGCUGGAAGUGAAAGAGUGGGAAAGACUGAUGCACAAGGAGAACGUCUCAAAGAAGCACAAAACAUUAAUCGAUCCCUAUCUGCUCUAGGCGAUGUGGUAUCUGCUCUUGCGUCAAAGAGUCCACAUAUUCCUUUCAGGAAUUCGAAGCUUACUCACCUGCUCCAAGACUCUCUAGGUGGAGAUUCAAAGACCUUGAUGUUUGUACAAAUUAGUCCCAACGAGAAUGAUGUCGGUGAAACCUUGUGCUCUUUGAACUUUGCUAGUAGGGUGAGGGGCAUAGAGCUUGGUCCUGCCAAGAAGCAAGUUGAUGCUAGUGAAAUCUUCAGAUACAAGCACAUGGUUGAGAAGAUCAAGCAGGAUAACAGAAACAAAGACUGUCAAAUAAAGAAGAUGGAGGAAACUGUUCACUCUCUUGAUUCAAAGAACAAGAUCAAAGAACAGAUCAAUAAAAGCCUUCAAGAGAAAAUCAAGGAGCUUGAAUCACAGCUACUUAUUGAAAGAAAAUUAGCUAGACAGCACGUAGACACCCGAAUAGCUGAAAACCAACUACAGCAGCAACAAGAAGCAAAUGUUCAGUCACAAAUUCCUUCAUCUCCAGCCAGAAUUCUAUCAGAAAAACGUGACAACCAUGAGGAAUUCAAAGAAAUAGGAAAUGUGAUCCGACCACCAGUCUUUGAGAGCGUGCCACCAACUGAUAUUUUCAAGUGCAAUUCCGCACUGAAAGACAAGGAGAAUAUAUCAAAGCUGAGCAAUGAGGAUUCACUACCAAAGAAACCAAGCAGGGCUUCACUUUGCAAUGCAGUUAACCGAAUUCCUAUCUCUCCAACAACUCGUCGAAACUCUCUCAUUCCAGUUCCUUACACAAGAACACUGCCUCCACCAUUGCCAUUAGUCAUGAACACUGCAAACCUUUCACCGCCGCCAUUGCUGACACCAAUGCCAGUUGAAGUUGGUAACAGUGGUCAUGAGCCAAGAAAUACCAGGAAGAUAAACAGCAUAUUAAGAAGAAGCCUCCAAAAGAAGGUGAUUAUCAGAUCCCCGAUGCAUCAAAACAUUCGAAGGGCAGGAGGAACAACGGAUAAAUUGAGAACAUCUAUUGGUGGUAGUGGAAGGAAGGCUAGGAGAGGCACAAUUGGUGAACCAGCAAGAGCUGAAAAACUAAUGUUACAGAAGCUCAAACAGAAGGAAAAAGGAUGGAACAAUGGAACAGCAGUGAAGAACAUAUGCUGACUUAUGUUAGGCCUGAUUUGAUUUGUUCCUGAGGAAAUUGGGCAUUCCCACAUUUUCAUAUGGCACAAGGCUUGUGAAUUGCUGACAGUUUGUAGUGAUUGUUUGAACACAACUAGGUGAUGCUUUCACUUGUUGUGGCUUAUGUUAAACUUUAUGUUGUUUUUAACUAAUUAUAGUCCAAGGUUCUUAACUUGUAUGUUGUUCAACGGUGAAAUAUCAGAGAUUAAAGAAAAACAGGUUUUUUCCAA